UCGGCCCCGCCGUUCGCGACCGCUCCCCUCUCUCUCUUUCUCGCCCGCACACUCUUCACUCUCAGUCAGCUUUCCCUCUUUACUACUGAUCCAGGGUUUACAAGCCCUUAAACCCAUUUCAGCAGUCAAUCGGUUCCUAUUUCGUUCAAUCGCAUUCAUAUUUGGCAUCCAACAUCCUUUAAACCCUAGAAACUUUACACAAUCUGGUAAGCUUCGAUUACUCCUAAUUCACUAUUCCAAUUUUGCGCUAUAUUUAUUCUCUGCCGGUCCCAAUGCACCGGUCUAGGGUUUUUUGUGGAUAGUACUACUUCUUCUUCUUCACGAACUAGGAGUUAGUUGUAAGGAAACGGAACUCGGGAGCAUUUUUCUACGUGAUGAGAAAGCUUUGAAUAUGAGCGAUGGAGCUGCGGAGGGUGGAAGAGACAAUUCACGUAAUCCUACCAACAAGAGAUCAGGAGCUGACGACUUUGUUCAAGCAUUAGCGAAGAUAGCUGUUGCGCAGGUAUUCGAUUCUAUAGGAUUUCAGGGUUUCCAACAAUCAGCCCUCAAUGUAAUGUCUGAUGUAGCUGUUAGGUAUACUCGUGAGAUUGGGAAAAUCUCUAAUCAGUAUGCAAAUUUAGCCGAUCGGAAUUACUGUGAAGUGUUGGAUGUAAUUCAAGCAUUGAAAGAGUUAGGAUCAGCAGAAGGGUUUUCAGGUGCUUCAGAUGUUAAUCAUUGUCUUGCUAAUUCUGGUAUAAUUAGGGAACUGAUUCAAUAUGUUGAGGAUGCUGGAGAGAUUCCAUUUGCAUAUUCAAUCCCUCCUUUUCCUGUUUCAAGGGACCAAAAAGUUGAACCGAGUUUUAUCCAACUAGGACAAACUCCACCUGACCAACACAUACCCGCUUGGCUGCCAGCAUUUCCCGAUACUCAAGCUUGUAUCGCACAUGAAUCGCCAUUGGUUAAUGAGAGAUCGGUAACUGACCCAAAGGUGGAAGUUGUGAGAAAGCAGAAGAAUCCAGAGUCAUCUUUCUUAAGUCUUCAACAAAUGUUGGCCAACAAUGGGUCUGAAUUUCCUAAAGCUGUUGAUGGCGCUAAAGAAAAAAGAGUUGCCCAGGGAAAUCCUUUCAUUGCUGCUCCUCUUCCAUUUGGAGAGAAGGAAGAAGUAUGUCCAGUUGUUCCUCAACCUAGAAUGAUGGAAGAAAAUACCGGUAAUAAUCAUUAUUCUGUAUUCGACGACACAUUCCUUCAAGUUACUGGAGCAGAGAAGAAGACCGAAACACAUGAAUCUGAAGAGCAGGAAACCGGGAAAGAAGUUGUUCCUGAGAGCCCGAAAAGACCUCUUAUAAGAUUUAAGCUUGGGGUAAACAAGAAGAAGCCCAUCGUUGCAUUAAAGAAUGUAUACUGUGAGAGUAAUGGCAAUAUGAGUUCCUGUUCUGAGAACGAUGAAAAGAAAAAGAAGAGCCGAAUAGAUACACAUGAGAGUGGAUAGAAAAGAAGAAGAAAAUCUUCCGGAAUUGCCACAAUUGUAAAACUAGUUGGGAGUAGUUUAUGCGAGAACUCGUUAUAAGGAUCCCUCCUUUUGGGGAGAUUCAUUUGUUUACAAACACCAAUCCUUCAAAGCAAAAGCUACUGCCCACCAGUAACAGGUAACCCCAAUUGCUCUGUCUUGGAAGAACUCUGCAUUUUUCAGUUGCUAUGGUUGUUCAGAUAGUUUAUUUGAAAGUUUAGUUGUUUUUAAUAUAACUAUUUCCUUCCAUUAUUAUUGUGAAUUGCAGUUUCUUUUUGCUUUCAGUAAAUGGAGAUAUAUUUA